AUGUCAACUGAAGCGGAAAAAAUCACGUCUCUUAGCCAAGAAGAAAUGGACUGCAUCAUCUACGAUGCCAGAGAAGGGGACUUGGAAACGUUGAAGGAAGUUUUUGAGGAGAUUCCAAAAAGCCUCUUAUUAUCCAUCAAGGACGACAUAACAUUAAGUACUCCAAUACACAUGGCAGCAGCUAACGGACAUUUUGAGGUCGUAAAAUACUUAUUAUCCAUUAUUCCUAAAAAAGAUGCAGAAACCUUGGCUUCACAACAAAAUGAAAGUGGUAAUACGCCCUUGCACUGGGCUGCCUACAAUGGUCAUUUACUGAUUGUGCAACUCUUGUGUGAAGAAUACAAUGUAGAUGUGUUUGUCAAAAACGGGUCUGGCCAUGACGUAAUGUACGAAGCUGAAAAUAACGGCCAAGAAGAAAUCGAGAAUUGGUUAUUGAAGAAGUACGCUGUUGAAGACAACUUCACGGUUGAUGAAAAUGAUGAUGAAACCAAAAUCACAUACAAGCCUGGUACUGAGAGUAAGGAAGCAGAUGAUAGAGCGAACGCAGUUGCCAGCUCAACCACCGACGAAAUAGAAAAAAAAGUCAGUGACUUGAGCAUUAAUUAA